AUGUGUUUAGUAAUCGAUUUAGAAUUUUAUUAGCAGUUUAGAUGUGUUUCUUUUUGGAUCUUAUUAUUCCAUCAUUCAGACAAAUCGAGACGCUUUCGUUAAACAAAAACGUUUAAUCGAUAUAAAUCAAGGAUCAAGGGACAGUCUUUGUUUUUACGAAACAACGUGUUCAGCAAUCGACGCUGAGGUUGAAAUUCAGAAAAUUACGAUGCGUUUCUUGGGCUAUGAUUUUUGGAGAAAAGACACAAACACCCGGUACAUACAAAGACUUUCGGCUUUUGAAAUAAAUAGAAUUUCCCAACCGGUGCAAAGUAAGGCGCCGUCCGUGACCGGGGACGGAAAACGAUGGCAGAAGACCAAAACGUCGUCGGGAUUCGCGAUGCAGUGCCAAGCGCAGGGUCACCCGGUACCAGCGUUCAGGUACUCGAGUCACACGGCAGCUCGUGCCCUCGUCUUUAUCGAUUCUUUCCUGUAA